AUGUUGGAUGACAUUACUGUAGGAUAUUAUAUUUCAGUAACAAAGAUCUAUGUUGCAAGAGGGAAUGAUACAAAUGAAGAUGAUGUCAUAGCUCCAAAUUACCUCAAGAUUUCAGAAGUAAACCACAAAUUAGAAUUGUCCAAGCAGCUUCAUGAGAAGGUGUAUUACCCUGCCUGCAUAAAAACACUGAAGAAUUACCUUAAAAAGAGAGAAACUCAACUAAGCAGAAAAGUAAAGCCCAGAGCCAGACUCCUCCAGAAAGCAAAAUCAGAUUCUGGAGGGUCUCGUGUGAGUUGUUUGGCAACAGGAUUUUACCCUCGUCACAUCAACCUGACUCUGUUCAGAGACGGGCAGCCUGUAUCUGAUCAUGAGAUCACUGGAGGAGAUCUGCUGCCCAAUGAUGACGGGACGUACCAGAUGAGGAAGAGUCUGGAGAUCAGAGCUGAAGACAAACACACAUACACCUGCUCUGUCACACACCUCAGUCUGGACAACAAACUGGACGUCACUUUGGAAUCGGAACCAGUUGAAUCGUUUAAAUCGACGAUUUUCUUAGUGCUGAUAGUUUUGGCUCUGGUUUUGGUGUUUGGGAUUGGAGUCAUCAUAUGCAAGACGAGAAAUCAAGGUAGGACAAAAAAUGAAAAUCAAUGA